GCUGCUCGGGGAGGUGAGCACGCAUCGCUUCCGGAGAGCCCGACCGCGGGGAGAGAGGAGCGAUAAUAAAAGCUUCAUCUGGCCGCGGCCACAGCCGGGGUGUCAUAAACACCGCCGCGCAGAGCGGUGCGUGGGGCAGAGCCGGGAGAGCCGGGAGCCGCCGCCUGCCCCGCUCCGGCCCUGCCCCGCCGCGCCGCUCCGCACGUGUGCGUGUGGCUGGAAAUCCAUAUCGCACAUUAAUAUCCAUCCAUAUCCCAAAUUCAGAGGUCGACCUGAGAGCAGCUCGGUGCAUACGAAACCAGACGGGGAGGGGUUGCUGGGGAGGCCCGGGCUUCCAUUGGCUGCAAGCGUUCGCCGCGGUGCGGGGGUAUCUCUAAUCAUAUUCAGCAUGUUUUGCACAAGAAAUGUCAGCCAGGAAGGGCUAUCCGCUCCCUUCGCCAAAUUAUUCCACGACAAUGUCAUGCUCCGAGAGCCCGGCUGCAAACUCUUUCCUGGUGGACUCGUUGAUCAGCGCGGGCAGAGGGGACGCGGCGGGAGCAGGAGGCGGAGGCGGAGGAGGAGGCGGCUACUACCCGGGCAGCGGGCUCUACCUGCCACAGGCGUCCGAGCUGUCCUACGGGCUGCAGGGCUGCGGACUGUUCCCCGUCCUGGGCAAACGCAAUGAAGGUACUUCGCAAAGCAUGGUCCCCAGCACGCACCCCUACGUGUCGGGGAUGGAAGUGUGGCUAGACCCGCCCCGCUCCUGUCGCAUGGAAGAGCCGGAGAGCCAGCAGGCCACCUCGUGCUCCUUCGCUCAAAACAUUAAGGAGGAGAGCUCCUACUGCCUCUAUGACUCAGAGAAAUGCCCCAAGGGCUCGGCCGCCGCCGACCUCGCUCCCUUCCCGCGGCUGAGCGCCGAGGUCAGCCCCUCCGCCAACGGCACCGGGGUGCCGGUCCCGGGCUACUUCCGCCUCUCCCAGGCUUACGGCACCUCCAAGGGCUACGGCGCGGGGCCGGCCGGGGCGGCCCCCUUCGCUCCGCAGCCCCCCGGCCGCUUCCAGCCGCCGCCGUCGGGGCCGCCCGUGCCGGAGCCGGGCAGGAGGGAGGACGAGGAACGCUCCCCCAGCCCCUCGGCGUGCGGCUCCCAGCGGGAGGACGAGACCCGCGCUUCGUCGUCCACCGCCGAGGAGCUCUCCCCCGCGCCGUCGGAGGGCAGCAAGGCCUCUCCCGAGAAGGAGCCCGUAGGCAAUUCAAAAGGAGAAAAUGCAGCAAACUGGCUAACCGCAAAAAGUGGCCGAAAGAAACGGUGCCCCUAUACCAAGCAUCAAACUCUCGAGCUGGAAAAGGAGUUUCUGUUCAAUAUGUACCUGACUCGUGAGCGUCGCCUAGAGAUCAGCCGCACAGUCCAUCUCACAGACAGACAAGUUAAAAUCUGGUUUCAGAACCGCAGAAUGAAACUGAAGAAAAUGAACAGAGAGAAUAGGAUUCGGGAGCUCACAGCCAACUUUAAUUUCUCUUGAUGAACCUAU